AUAAUAACCCUGGGUUGGCAAACACCAUAUUUGAAGGAACAAAAUAUAAGGAUCUCUUAGAGACGCUCUAACAAAUCAAACACUUUCAUAAUAAUCCUGGGCUCUUCUUUGCAAAAACAUUAAUUACGAAAACGGAUUCAUACAUUUCUUGAGGGUCCAACAUGGAAAAUGUCCCCAUCUCUCGGACAGGAACGGAAGAGGAAAAAAAAAAAGGGCGCAAACAAACCAGCACACGGGGGGCGCAAAAACGCCGGUCGACCGGCACGAACGGGAUCGUCGACUCCCCUCCCCUUCUGACGCCCCCGCUCGCACGCUCCCCACAUCAUCCUCCUCGCCCGCAGGCCGCAGCAGCACGCGCUCCGCUCCCCACGCCGGCCGGCACGCCCGAGCCCCGUGUCGAGUCCCCCACCCCAUCGAUCCCCGCCGCGCCGCCCGCCCGCCUUUCCCCGCCAUUCUUCUAGAACCUCCCCAGCUCUCGCGAGCCUACUCUCCCCAGCCCGAGAUCCCUCCCCCACCGAGAUCCCGCGCCGCCAUGGUGUCGUGACGGCGGCGGAGGCGGAGGCGGAGGCGGCGCCAUGGAGCGGGAGCCCAUGUCCCCCGACGACCGCCCCGAGUCGUCUGCGGCUGCGGCGGCGCAGCAGCAGCCGCAGCCGCAGCCGCUGGAGUGGCGGUUCGCGCAGGUCUUCGGCGAGCGCGCCGCGGGAGAGGAUGUGCAGGAAGUGGACAUAAUCUCUGCAAUUGAGUUUGACAAAUCCGGCAAUCAUCUUGCCACUGGAGAUAGAGGUGGACGUGUGGUUUUGUUCGAAAGAACAGACAUCAGUGAUAAUGCUAGUCGAAGAGAACUUGAGAGGCAAGAAUAUCAGGCUGCUAGGCAUCCUGAGUUCCGUUACAAGACCGAAUUUCAGAGUCAUGAACCUGAGUUUGACUACCUAAAAAGUUUGGAAAUCGAAGAGAAGAUUAACAAGAUCAAGUGGUGCCAAACAGCCAACAAUGCACUCUUUCUCUUGUCUACAAAUGACAAAACAAUCAAGUAUUGGAAGGUUCAAGAGAAAAAAGUGAAACGUGUUUCAGUGAUGAAUUUGGAUACCUCCCAAAGUUCAGACAAUGGUUCAACUUCAAGUCCAGGUACCAGUAGUUGCAGGGCUCUUCUCCCAAAUGGUGGAUGCUCAGAAAAGAUGUACACUCCGAACAACAAUUUGUCGUUUCCUCCAGGAGGAUGUGCUUCGCUGCGUUUGCCUGUGGUGGUUACGGGCCAAGAAUUUAAUCAUGUCGCGAGAUGCCGACGUGUAUAUGCCCAUGCUCAUGACUACCAUAUUAAUUCCAUUUCAAAUAAUAGUGACGGAGAAACAUUCAUAUCAGCAGAUGAUCUGAGAAUAAACCUUUGGAAUUUAGAAAUUAGCAACCAGAGCUUUAACAUUGUUGACAUGAAACCUGCAAACAUGGAGGAUCUAACUGAGGUGAUUACUUGUGCGGAGUUCCAUCCAACUCACUGUAAUACACUAGCAUAUAGUAGCUCAAAGGGUACUAUCAGGCUUAUUGAUCUGCGGCAGUCAGCACUGUGUGACAACCAUGCUAAACUAUUUGAAGAACAUGAAGCACCAGGAUCAAGAUCCUUUUUUACAGAGAUAAUAGCAUCAGUUUCGGAUAUAAAGUUUGCAAGGGAUGGAAGACACAUUCUUAGUCGUGAUUAUAUGACACUCAAGUUGUGGGAUCUAAACAUGGAUUCAGGCCCAGUUGCAACUUUUCAAGUUCAUGAAUACUUACGUCCUAAGCUUUGUGAUUUAUACGAUAAUGAUUCAAUUUUCGACAAAUUUGAAUGUUGUCUCAGUGGUGAUGGACUCCGUGUUGCAACUGGUUCUUAUAGUAAUUUGUUUCGCGUUUUUGGUUGUUCUCCUGAAAGUACGGAGGCAUCAACUUUGGAAGCCAGCAGAAAUCCCAUGAGGAGACAGGUUGUUAAUCCAGCAAGGCCUGCACGGACUCUGACUUCUUUGACCCGUGCUGUGAGGAGAGGUGGAGAAAAUACAAGCAUUGAGGCCAAUGGAAACUCUUAUGAUCUCUCAACAAAACUGCUCCAUCUUGCGUGGCACCCAACCGAGAACUCCAUCGCGUGUGCUGCCGCAAAUAGCUUGUACAUGUAUUAUGCAUAGGGGAAAGUGCUAGAGAAAAUUGGUAGUUUUUUGUUUGCUUGCUCGAUGUGAAAGGCCAUGUUCAAGGAUUCAGGUGCAGGAAAAUUGUUCUCAAUUCGAUGGCUGGGGCCGAAAAGCAAGCAGUCGGUGAUGGUCCGCAAGAUUAGUCCUGGUACAAGUUACUGCCAUACGCCCAUACUUGACUGGACUUCCUCCCUGGGAUUCCUUGGUAAAUGUGAAGUACGUGUUCUGAUAAUACGACGAAGCUUCUGCACCCCCCAAGAUAUGAUGAUGACUAUAGCUGCCUUGUAGCGAAAUUGGCAAGCAGUAAGAAGAUUGACAACGACGACAGCAGCUGAUGCUAAUUUCACCAAAGGUCACAGGAAUUUUAUCUGCUCACAUAUCACAAAAAGGCUGUAAGAUCCCCCUUUUUUCUUUUGCGACAUGUAAUGCAAACUAGUCUCAGGGCUAACCAUCAUCAGUUGUCAUGAACUCUGAUCAAUGAGCAUAUAUAUAUAUAUAUAUAUUACUUUCAUCAUAGCUA